GUUGUAUAGAAAAUGUGAAAUCUGAGUACGUUUCCGACGUUGCAGCUGUGAUGGAGUUCAAUUACUCAUUUACUCAAGGAGACUUCGUUGCCAAGGCAUCUAAUCCAUGAUCAACCGAGACUGCCUGAGAAGAACAGUUGGAGAAUACAAGCUACCGAUUCUAUUCGCUGGAAGGUACUGCAAUCAGACAUUGGAGCUAUAUAGCAUCAAUGAGAUCUUGAAACAAAUACUUGCAGUUGCUUAUAGAAACAAUGUCCUCUGGAAGGGGUUUUUU